AUGACGCGUGGAAUUUCGGGUGGUGAAAGGAAACGGACGAACAUUGGAAUUGAACUGAUUACUGAUCCAUCUGUGAUAUUUCUUGAUGAACCCACCACUGGCUUAGACACUCACACCGCCUCCAAGUUGAUGAAACUACUCAAACGACUGACAGCUGACGGGAAGACAAUUAUUGCCUCAAUUCAUCAGCCCAACUCCUCCAUCUACAAACUCUUUGAUUCACUCACUCUCCUCUGUAAUGGUCGAGCCAUCUACCACGGUCCAGUGGCGGAUGAUGCACCAUUGAACUACUUCGGUGGCUUA